UUUAGACGUUAAUAUCAAACUAAUUAAUAAAUCAUUUGAAUCGAGUUUGAAAAGAGAUAGAAAUCCAGUGAAAUACAUGAAUCAAAUGUCUGACAAAAUGGUUGUCUAUAAUGAUAUGGAAAGUCGAGUGGCGUUUAAAUGCAAUGUUGAACAAGAGUUAAAAGACUUGUGGGAAUUGGUGUCAAAGACAUGGUAUGUAAAAGACAGCGACAGUACAGUCAUAUAUCGUGCGCCCCGUAUGGAUGAUACCAUACUUUUCUAUCUACAGCGUACUGUUGAACGCAAACCGUUUGUUUGGCGCUCAGAGAUUGUAAGAUAUCCGCCCCGAGGAGCGCCUAAUCUAAAAAAUAUUAACAUAACGGGUGUCGCUAUAAUCGACUCCAAACGCACCGGUAUGGGAGGUGAGGCCAGCAUUUUAAACGGCGGCAUUGGCUUUGAUUUUGUGGACAUUAAAUUACAGUCCAAUUGGUUUUGCGGAUAUUCAUUUACAAUCGUUAUUAUAGGUAAAUAUAUGGACACCGAUAGUGAAGUCAAUUCAGUUUAUCAACGAUUCACUGAUAUUACAAACGAUUAGAUUUGAUUAAUAAAUAAACUGAAAAAACUCUUUGAGAAUAACCUGGUUUGGCUGAUA